AUUCUUCGCGAUGGCCGGUGGACCGAGGAAGACGCGGCCAUCCUUGUGCCAGGGGACGUCGUCAGCAUCAAGCUCGGAGACAUCAUACCUGCAGAUGCACGCCUCCUAGAGGGAGACCCUCUCAAGAUUGAUCAGUCUGCCCUCACUGGAGAAUCAUUGCCGGCCACCAAAGGCCCCGGUGAUGGCGUCUACUCCGGUUCGACCGUCAAGCAAGGUGAGAUCGAAGCCGUCGUGAUCGCCACCGGUGUUCACACCUUCUUCGGAAAUGCUGCGCACCUUGUUGACUCCACUAACCAAGUGGGCCAUUUUCAGAAGGUUCUGACGGCCAUUGGGAACUUCUGCAUUUGUUCGAUUGGUGUGGGAAUGUUCAUCGAGAUCAUUGUAAUGUAUCCUAUCCAGCACAGGGCGUACCGCCUUGGAAUUGACAACCUCUUGGUCCUUCUCAUUGGAGGCAUUCCCAUAGCCAUGCCGACAGUCUUAUCCGUGACUAUGGCUAUCGGGUCACAUCGAUUAUCUCAACAGGGAGCUAUCACAAAGAGAAUGACUGCAAUCGAGGAGAUGGCGGGCAUGGAUGUCCUUUGCAGUGACAAAACUGGGACUUUGACUCUCAAUAAGCUUACUGUGGACAAGAACCUUGUUGAGGUUUUCGAAAGAGGCAUCACUCAGGACCAAGUGAUUCUCAUGGCUGCUAGAGCGUCUCGAACAGAAAACCAAGAUGCUAUCGAUACUGCAAUUGUUGGGAUGCUAGCUGAUCCGAAAGAGGCACGUGCUGGUAUUCAAGAAGUUCAUUUUCUGCCAUUCAAUCCUACUGACAAGAGAACGGCGCUGACAUACAUUGACGCUGAUGGCAAAAUGCACCGUGUUAGUAAGGGU